AUGUGGCCAAUCAAGGCGAAUGAGGUACUGCCUGGCGUCGGCUUCCUCAUGGCUAUCACCGGUGCUCUGGCAUGUCAGAAAGACUUUGACGAUCCCCGUGGGAUCAAUCACUUACGCCAUACUCGGCCUGUCCUCAAGAGCCGCCAGGAUGUUCCCCUGCCCGUCUUGACAGAGGCGGAGAGUCUACUGGUCAAUUCAUUCGAUAACACAUCCAUUGAUAGCUGGUCCUAUUACUACACGCAUGGCUAUCACGUUGCAGGCAGCAACAAGACCAUGGCUCAGUGGACAGCGGACCGAUGGUCAUCGUUCGGUAUUCCCUCGACUCUAGCCGAGUACUGGGUGUUCCUCAACUAUCCAGUCUCACAGUCGGUCUCACUCGAGCUCUCAAACGGCAGCAGCUACUCCGCGGUCCUCAUCGAGGAGUCGUUGAGCGAGGACGAAACGACCUCAUAUCCCAAUAGUGUCCCAGCUUUCCAUGGGCUUUCCUGGAAUGGGGAAGAGUCGGCCGAAUAUGUCUACGUCGGACGAGGCCAGCAGGUAGAUUUUGAUCGUUUGAAGGCUUUGGGUGUUCCUUUGGCCGGAAAGAUCGCCGUUGCGAAAUACGGCGGCCCUUUCCGUGGACUAAAGGUGAAGAAUGCCCAGAUCAACGGCAUGAAGGCCGUCGUGAUCUUCACAGAUACAGGAGACGAUGGCAAUGUUACAGAAGCCAACGGUUAUGCGGCCUAUCCUGCAGGCCCUGCGCGGAAUCCCACGUCUAUACAGCGUGGCUCCGUGCAGUUCCUCUCACAGCGUCCCGGUGAUCCAACUACUCCGGGGUAUCCAUCAAAGCAAGACUCGCCUAGGGCUGACACAUCAGACGUUACUCCGCGCAUCCCCUCGGUGCCCAUAUCUUGGAAAGAUGCUGUGCCGAUUCUUGCGGCAUUGGACGGGUCCGGGGUGCCUGGAACCGAAGUCAACCGGUCGGGAUGGGUUGGCGGACUAAAUGUUUCGUAUAGUACCGGCCCUGCUCCUGACGCAAUACUUUCCCUGUCUAAUCAGAUGGAGGACACCGUCACCCCAAUCUGGGAUGCUGUCGGUAUUAUCAAUGGUACCGACCCAGACUAUACUGUAGUAAUUGGAAACCAUAGAGAUGCAUGGAUCGUUGGCGGCGCGGCCGACCCAAACUCAGGAUCGGCAAUCAUGGUGGAGCUGUCGAAGGCAUUUGGCAAGCUCCUGUCCACUGGCUGGAGGCCCAAGAGGAAUAUCGUCCUCUGCAGUUGGGACGCAGAAGAAUACGGGCUAUACGGCUCAACCGAAUGGGUCGAGGAAUACGCCCCUUGGCUUGUCGAGACGAGCGUGGCCUACCUGAACAUCGACGUCGGCACUUCAGGACCCCGUCCGGAUUUCUCCGCCACACCAGAAUUGCAUACGAUCACCCAAGACGUGAUGAAGAAGGUUCUUUGGCCUCAGGUAGGUACGGGGGAGCUCAAUGGCACCCUUUACGAAGCCUGGUUCGACAGUUCCGAUGGCGAAGUCGGCGUCCUGGGCAGCGGUUCGGACUACACAGCAUUUUUGCACAACGGUAUCAGCUCGAUCGACAUAGGGGCCGGCGGAGGCCCCAAUGACCCCAUUUAUCACUAUCACUCCAAUUACGACAGUUAUCACUGGAUGAUCACUUACGGCGAUCCUGGCUUCGUCGUCCACAAGGCUAUGGGCCAGUUUCUCACAUUACUGGCUUACCAUCUUGCGGACGACCCUAUCAUCCCCUUCGACCUUCCUAAUUAUACAACGCAACUCCGUGCUUAUCUUGAGGAGCUGCGUGCCACGAUUCUUGAUGCCGGUAUAGAACUUGAUGUUGAGCCACUGGCAACUGCUAUCGAUACCUUCGAAGCUUCGGCAAAUGAAAUAGCUGCUCUUGCAGCCGAGGCGGCCAUUACCGAGGACAAGAUUCUUAUCGACCGAGUGAAUUCAAAAUAUCGUGAUUUUCAGCGUGGCUUCACCUCGCAAGGCGGCUUGCCGGAUCGAGGCUUUUUCAAACAUGUUAUCUUCGCCCCGGGCGUUGACACUGGUUAUGCGCCUGUCAUCUACCCAGGAAUUACCGAGGCUGUUGACGCUGGGAAUAGUUCGCUGGCAUCAUCAGAGCUGCAGAGGACCAUUGCCGCCAUCGAAAGGGCCGCGGCUAUCUUGACCCCGUGA